AUGUCCCUUCAAAGGCUAAGAAUGGAUGAAGAGCGGUACCAGGAGACGCUCCAAAAUCUCAGAGAGCUAUGUCAAGCGUCUAAUGUACGACCCAUGUCUUUGUUGGACCCGAUGUGGGAAGUAAAAAGGGAGUUAGAUCUUAUGACAAGUCUGCUGAAGAUAAUAUCAUCUAAACAUGCCGAUUACUUCAAACAAUUGAACGAAUACGUUAAUAUGGAUGACCUUUUCGACGACACUUCUUUGGACUUAUCCUUACUACAGGCUUAUAAAUCUUUACUAGCAAGUGCAGCUAAAUUAAUACUGAAUCCUGACAUUUCCACCUUCAGAAGUGGUAAUCAGAAAUUUUUGACUCACAUUCUCGAAAUAUAUUCGAGGCUCUGUACCGUGCUACAUAGCCAUGAUGAUGCCAACACAUUUUCCAAACUUUACAACAUAAUAUCUAGUUUUGAAGACAAUUUUUACACAAAAUAUAAUCAAAUUAAUUCGCGACGUUUUGAGAGUGAUCAAGUAUAUGAUUUUCUAUCAUUUUCGAAAAUUUUAACCAAAUCGCCGGGCAUUGACUUGAAUGACGUGAGGAAUAGUACUCUCUUCGAGCUUGGCUGCGAGAAAUUUGGUUACCACAAUUUACUUGUCGAAUUGGCCCAAGUAUCAACGGGAGAAAUAGCAAUUUUCAAAAUUAAUGCAGGUAAAUUGCAAACAUCAUUUAACCAACUCUUACAUGAACUCAAGCAGGGCAAUUAUACUUCAUUAAACUUUGGUAGAACCUUAUUAUUUCUACCUUUAACGAUGAAGCAACUUCAAAUUAUGUCGUUCUCCACCAUGGAAACAACUAUUAAAAGCACUAGUGGGAAUAACGCCCAGCUUCACUUGAAAUGCUUGGAUCCAAUACAGUGGUCAGUUACUUGGAAACCAAUAUUCGACAAUUCUUUGAGUAAGGAAAAGGAAAGCGUUUCUUUGCAAGAUUCCUUUGGAACAAUUACUGAGGGUAAAACAUUUGAAAGUGACAACUUUUACAUGAAAUUCAAUGAGCUCCCUGCAACUGAGGGUAUAACCGUAGUAAAUAGUGAUGCUCUCUAUCCCCGCGAUUUGUCAUCAGCACAUCAAGUACAAUCCGAUUUAGGGCAGGACGUAAAGUCACAGGAUAUCACGCCAAAAAUGGAGAGUAUUGAAACCAGUAAAGAAGUCCAAAUUACCAAUUCUGAACUCAUUGACGGAAUAGCUACCUUAACCUCAGCUACCAGCAUGGAUAUUCCAGACUUACAUCAAUUGAAAAUUGAUAACACAAAAUCUGAAAAACGAUUUGACAAAGUUCCGGUGAAUGACAUCUUCAUAAAUACAAAGGAAGAGAAAGUCACUCCAACCACCGAAUUCAAUCCAAGCGCCGAUUUCUACAAACCAACAUUACACAAGAAGAAAUCAGGAUUACUAAGUUUUUUCCACAAGAGUAAUAAAAAAAGGUUAUCUAUCGAAACAGAUAUUGAUAAUAACACUAGUUUUUUUAGUAGUCCUAUAAGCACUUCUGGAACACCAACUUCAAGUAUCUUCGACUCACAGAGUAAAGAGAUCAAACAGUAUGUUAAACCAUUAAUUAAGAAUGAAUCACCAAGCAGUCCCAUAUUUGAGUUUGACAGUACCAAAAUGUCAAUCUGGAGAGGAACUAAAUGGGAGCUACUAAGCAAUUCAAAAUCAAGACUUGAUGUUUCUAAAUCUUUAGAUGGCACAUACAUACUGAUGGCAUAUCAUGAUAAAAGCAACGAUGAAUGUCACUUUGUUGCAGAAUUAUCAAAUACUUGGACUUGCGCCAGAUCUACAGCCCAAGACAUUCAAAUUCGUAUACCUAGAUCAACAUUUGUCUCAGCUGCUUUCGCUAUUCACAACAAGACAUGUACAAUAAGCAUCAGAUGCGUGAAUGCAGAUAAACUGAUGAAUUCUUUACAGCAUUGUAUAAAAGGUAAUUUACCUGAAUCGCUGUCAUCCUCUACUACGAUCAGGACCUUAUCUACCUCAUCUUCCUCCUUCAUGAGCGAAGGCAUCAUGAAGUCAUAUACUCAAGAGACUUUUAUUUCAGAUUCAAAGCAAUCAAUUGACUGGAAAGCUUUUGAGGAAAAAUUACUUUUACCCAAUCUAAAAGCUAGACAAUAUUCUCGUAUCGAUGGAAAACUGUGGCAGAUCCAAAAUACUGGUGUGGUUGACAUCUUUUUCUUAGAGAAGGAUUGCAUUAGAGAGCUCGUAAAAUUCAGCUUGAAAACAGAGGACCACAAUGUCGUAAUCUCUUCUAGCUACUUGGAUAGUGUCAAAAGAAUUGGAAGAACUGGUAUCUCACUCUGUGCUGAUGAUGGUCCUCAGCUCUUUGAAUUCCUUAACCCACAGGUCACAGACCAGGUAUACAAAAUUGUUGUUGGGAGGUAA